UCUUGAAGGUACUAUAAAUAUUUGGCAUAGUCUUUCCCCAUGCUCACAGAUCACAAUUAAGAACACUGAUGUACAAAAUCUCAGAGAAAGUCUAAGAGAGAAAAAUAAAAGAAACUUCACAAAAAUGGUUGUGUCAAUUGUGUUUGCAACCACAUUCAACACUACCCCAAUACCAACAACGAAAAUAACUGUUUAUUUCAAGGAGAGCUUUAUCAAUAGACAUCACUCCUCAAAUACAAAGGAAUACCGGCUUGAGCAUGGAGUGCGGAAGAUUAGGGGAAUAAUGACAAGCAAAACAAGGGGAUAUGAUAUUUUUAACAACUUGAAGGACAAAGAUGGGCAAUUGAAGCAAGAACUUUACAAGGAGGAUGUGAAAGGAUUGUUGAGUGUAUGCGAGUGUUCUAUACUAGGUGAAACUAAUGAUAUUAGUGAGCAACUCCUAAGAACUUUCUUAAACAACAUGGAAGAACAAUCGAAGGCUAGCAUAACUAUUGACAACACAUUACGAUAUCCUUAUCAUAAGAACUUGUCAAUACUUAUGGUUCAAAAUGUCCUUGACGAAUUUGACCAUGUUUCUUUCAAGUUUCUUCACAAAUCCAACAAUGUGAAAGAAUGGCUCAACGAGGUUCAAGAACUAGCAAGAGUUGAUUUUGGCAAUGCCCGAAUGACUUACAGAUAUGAAGUACAACAGAUUUCAAUAUGGAAAAACAAACAUAAUUUUGACAAGGAAUUGAGCUUUGCAAGGAUUGAUCCAUUCAAGUGGUGGAUGUGGUCGUACGGAAUUCUCCAAGGGCCAAAUAUGUCGGAAGACAGAAUUGAACUUGCUAAAGCAAUAUCAUUUAUUUAUAUGAUUGAUGAUAUAUUUGAUGGUAAUGGAACUUCGUACGACGAGCUCCUUCUAUUCACAGAAGCUAUCAAUGGAUGGGAGUACACUGAUAGUAUUAAUCAACUACCUAACUGCAUGAAAGUUUGCUUCAAGGCUCUCCUGGAGACGACAAAUGAUUUCAGCUCCAAAAUUCUAACGAAGCAUGGGUGGAACCCUGAACAAUGUUUACGUAAAUUGUGGACCGAACAAUGCAACGCAUACCUUAUUGAAUCGAAAUGGAGAGUUUCAAAAUACUCACCUAGCCCAAAGGAGUAUCUAAACAACGGGAUAGUUAGUUCCGGAACCCAUGUGGUUUUGGCGCACGCAUAUUUUCUUAUGGGUCAAGGAAUCAACAACAAGAGUCUUCAACACUUGAAUAGCCUUCCUCCCAUUAUAUCUUCCACAGCUACAAUUCUUCGUCUUUGGAAUGAUGCAGGAAUUCAUACGGAUAAGACUCCUGAAGGAAAUGAUGGUUCCUACGUAGAUUGGUACAUGAAAGAACACAACCUUAGUUUAUCCGAUUCCGAUAGGGUGAGACGACACGUAAAUCGGGUGAUUUCAGGUGCAUGGAAGUGUCUGAAUAAGGAGUAUAUGUCUCCUACAUCUCCAUUCUCGAAAGAAUUCAAGGUGGCCUGCCUUAAUUUAGCUAGGAUGGUUCCCAUUAUGUAUAGCCAAGAUGAGAGUCAUCAUCUUCGAUUGUUUUUUGGUGGAACACUGGAUUUUGUGGAUAGAUGAGAAUCAAAUUUGAACAUGAAAGAACAAAUUGAGCUAUUAUUCGAUCUACAUCUUAUUAAUUUGAUUCAAUUAAACCAAAUUAAACUACUACACCGUACAAAAAUCUAAUUAGAUACAUCAUGUAUGGGCGGAUUUAGGGGGUUACAAGGGGUACCGUUGCCCCCCAUUCUCUAGAUUCGCGAAAAAAUAUAUAACAGUAACAUGUAUUUUGAAUAUAUUUAAAAUUCCCUAUUAGGUAUCACAUAAAUGAGUUUGUCUCA